AUGAGCAAUGGUACGACCAAUGAACCCCCAGAGAUAUUAAAAACCCCCAAUGAAAGCUACUCACGUAUUAUGGGAUUUGUUGCUGGUAUGUGCUCAGGAAUUGCCAAAAACGCUGUAGGGCAUCCUUUUGACACAAUUAAAGUGCGUCUUCAAACCUCACAAAAUGAAUGUCGAUUUAAAGACCCUUUAGAUUGUAUAUCUCAAACGUUUAAGAAUCAGGGUAUUCGUGGCUUUUACCUAGGGUUUACACCUCCAUUAUUUGGCUGGAUUAUAAUGGAUUCAGUAAUGUUGGGUUGUCUGCACAAUUAUAGAAUGCUUUUACACAAAUACGUCUAUCCUCAUAGUGAGAAAUUGCCUUUAAGUGGUUGUAUAUUGAGUGGAAUGAUGGCUGGAUGGUCUGUAUCCUUCAUUGCGGCACCGGUCGAAUUAGUUAAGGCAAAAUUACAGGUCCAAUAUGAUGCUUCAACAACGAAGUAUAAAGGUCCCAUUGAUGUACUGAAAAAAACAUAUAUGGUUCAAGGUAUCAGUGGCAUUUAUAAAGGUCUAGUAUCCACAAUGAUAUUUAGAACAAAUUUUAUAUUUUGGUGGGGUUCAUAUGAGCUGUUGACGCGCUGGUUUAACAAACAUACAAAUAUGUCAACAGUGGCAAUAAAUUUUUGGGCUGGAGGGUUAAGCGCAUCCUUUGGCUUUUGGACAAUGGCUUACCCGUCUGAUGUUGUUAAGCAAGUUAUUUUAUGUGGUGACAAAUAUAAUGGUUCCUUAACCUCUUGGAGAACUGCAGUGGUGGAUAUUUGGAGAUCUAAAGGAAUCAAUGGCUUCUUUAAAGGGUUUAUGCCCAGUUUUCUGAGAAGCUUCCCUGCUAACGCGGCAGCUUUGGCAGCUUUUGAAUUCGUCCUGAGGACUUCAGGCGCUACUGCUAUAUCAGCUUAA